AUGAACGAGCAAGAAGAAGACCUUGAACUUGCUCCUAUUGACCUAAAAAUUGAACGCACUUUUAGACAAAGAAAGAAGGAACAAAAGGCUAAAAAACACUGCAAUAUGGCUGAUGGGUUUGAAGUUGGGGGUGUUCAUAAUGAUGCCAAUCCUAUUGCUUUGGUCGAUGAUAGAGCCCGAGCAGUAAGAGAGUAUGCAGCCCCUAUGUUCAAUGAGCUUAAUCCGGGUAUUCUACAAGGAGUAAGGGAAGAGGCUUUAAGAUUGAAGUUGUUCCUAUUUUCCUUGAGGGAUCAGGCUAGAGCUUGGCUUAAUACUCUUCCUCCCGAUUCGGUGACUAAUUGGAAAGAUUUGACUGAAAAAUUCUUCAGAAAGUACUUUCCUCCAACAAGAAAUGCAAAGUUUUGCAGUGAGAUCAUGUCCUUUCAACAAUUGGAAGAUGAGACUACUAGUGAUGCAUGGGAAAGAUUCAGGAUGGUGUUGGACGCUUCCGCUAGUGGAGCCAUUCUUUCCAAGUCUUACAAUGAAGCUUUUGAGAUUUUGGAAAGGAUAGCUAGCAACAACUAUCAAUGGUCAACUAAUAGAGCUCCUACAAGCCGAAAAGUAGCGGGUGUUCUUGAAGUAGAUGCUUUGACCGCUCUAACCGCUCAAAUGGCUUCAAUGACCAACAUUUUGAAGAACAUGAACAUGGGAAGAAGUGUACAACCAGCCGCUGCCAUUCAAAGAGCAGAAAUUUCUUGUGUGUAUUGUGGUGAUGGGCAUACUUUUGAAAAUUGCCCUUCAAAUCCAGCUUCGGUUUGCUAUGUGGGUAAUCAAAACUUCAACCGCAACAACAAUCCAUACUCAAACUCCUACAAUUGGGCAUGGAAGCAUCAUCCGAAUUUUUCAUGGGGAGGUCAAGGGGCAAGUUCAAGUGGAGCACAAGCACAAGGAAAACAAUCAUUUCCACUGGGUUUUUCUCAACAACCAAGACCUCAACAACCACACCAACCUCAAGGCUCUCAAACUAGUUCUUUGGAGAGCUUAAUGAGAGGCUAUAUGGCUAAGAAUGACACUGUAAUGCAAUGCCAGGCAGCAUCUCUUGGGAAUCUUGAAAUUCAAUUGGAGCAAUUGGCCAAUGAUUUGAAGAAUAGACCACAAGGCACUUUUCCUAGUGACACCGAAAACCCAAGAAGAGAUGGCAAAGAACAUUGCAAAGAGGUAACCUUGAGAAGUGGAAAAAUUCUUGAGUCAAAUGUGGCUGCAACAGGCAUUACAGCAUCAAGUCAGCAUUCUGCUGCAGAAAAGUCUUUGCAAAAGCCACCUCCACCAUUUCCUCAACGGUUCAAGAAGCAACAAGACGAUGGUCAAUUCUGGAGAUUUCUUGAUAUUCUAAAGCAACUCCACAUCAAUAUACCAUUAGUGGAAGCCUUGGAGCAAAUGCCAACCUAUGUGAAGUUUUUGAAGGAUAUUUUGACAAAGAAAUGGAGGCUUGGCGAGUUUGAAACUGUUGACGGAGGGCUGUAG